AUGGCUUCCUCUCUGCGCAAGCGCCUCAUGCAAGACAUAGCAGAGCUGCAGAGCAAACCUUACCCGAACAUCACCCUGCAUGUGCGCGAUGGCGAUAUCACAACAGCAUGUCUAAUCCUGAAUGUAGAGGAGGGAUAUGGACCUAUGCAUCUCACCGUCAUCUUCCCCUCCAACUACCCGUUAUCCCCACCCACAGUUCAGAUGGACUCUGCUGUCAAACAUCCCAAUAUCUACGGCUCCUACAUCUGUGCCUCCAUCCUGAAUACCACGGAAGGAUAUACGCCGGCUUACACUUUGAAGGGAAUCGCCAUUCAACUUCUCAGUUUCUUCAGCAGCGAGAAAAUCGAACAGUCUCAUGAUAGAUACGCUGUUAAUCUCAACAGCUAUCGAAACACGCAGCAGUAUAUCCUAGACACAUGCAUAUGCGAGAAGUGCAACUUUGGCGUCGCGGGAUCGAGGACUGGCAACGUACCGACAUCUCGAAGCAUCGUGCAUUCCUCCGGUACGCCAGGACUAGGUGUUGGAAAAUGGCCACCGCCCCGCGAAUCGACCUUAUUGAAAAAAGAGCGCGCAGGGGGAGAGGGUAAGGUCUCACCGGCAGUUGUUCAAAGCCCAGCGGAAGCUCCAAGGACAAAAGUACCGUCUGGCAUUCAGGAUGCACAGAUUCCCGAGGAGAUUAUUCUCAUGUUCUGCGAGAGUCUCGAGACGGAGGAUCUCAUGGCUUUUGCGGAGGCAUGGGAUCGCGUCGGUGCAGUCAUGACCAAGUACGAUGUGAUCCGCACCCGAGAGCUGCAAUGCUUCUGUCUCAAGAAGGGUUACGGUGCCAGGGACAUCAAGCUCGGCGUUGGAGUUAUGAUCACGCAGAAAGGAAAACUUGGAUUUUUCGAGUCCGAGUUCGACCUUCUCUCGCAAGAGGGCUAUAAAGUCCACCAGAUCCGCUACUCCGUGCAAGGCGUUCCAUUCCAGCACUGGCUUCCCCUUCCAAUUUCGUACGGGCACUGGAGAAAAGUAAAGAGCGAUGUCUCGAUAUCGCUGUCCACUCUCGCGGUGCAAGCGAGGUUGGGAAGUGUUCCACUGGUCCAAGUCAUCUACCACUUCAUGAACGACGUUGUGGUAAAGCUCAACCGGCAAGCCUCAGACACCCCUCCAGAACCCUCCUAUCGCUACCUAGACUCAGCCAAGAGCACCCUAACCCACGCCUCGGAAAAGGCAAUCGAGUCCUACUUCCACCUCUUCCACCUGCUCCUCUGCCUCGCAACCUCGCAACCCGAAAUAAUCAGAGCAGCCAACAAAACCCUCACCGCCUUCAUCGCCGGCCAUACCUCCAAAACAGCCUGUCCGAACCUCGGCCACCUGCUCGUCGCCUCUCUGAUCAGCGAUGUGGAAAUGACGCCCGCGGUCCUAAAGUCCAUCAUCAAAGAGACGAUCACCCGCAACGUAGUCUGGACCCUCGACCCCACCGGCUCCAACAUGCCAGACCUCGCAUACCUAGAACCGUCACCCAUCUCGCGCUACCGCCUACAGCGCACCUUCGCCGCAUCCAAGACCUCGUACCGCCUACUCAUGUUCCUGAACCUGUUCCGCCACGCCGCGGUCGGGACUCCGCGCCUACCGUUACUGCGAAUCCUCGAAGCGGCGUUUGAGCGCCAUGGUGCGCCGCCGAGGGCCUCGGCGCGGAAGCUGGCAGAUGCGAUCAAGCGGAUUCAUGCGGUGGAUAGCUUUCCGGAUUUCUUGGUGUGCAUGGGUGUUGAGAGGCCGAGUGAAGAGUGGUUCACUGGGUUCUUGAGACGGUGCGUCGAGGCGAGUGCGGAGAAGGGCUAUUCGAAGAUGCCGUUUUAUCAGGAGCAGGCGCUUUGGUUGAGGUUGAAGAAGGAGCCCGGGGUCAAGGUGCGGGAGGGGUUGGUUGCUGUGCCUGUUGAGAUGGCUGGGAAGAGCUUCUUUCCGGGGAGAGGUGGACGAGGUCGAGGUCGUGGCCGCGGGCGUGCGUCUUCUUACUACUGA